AUGUCUGACUCUGCCAUUGCCAUUGUGGGCAUUGCAUGCCGCUUUCCCGGCGGUGCUGAGAGCCCUGAUGAGUUCUACGAGAUGCUGGUCCAGGGCAGAGAUGCCUGGUCCAAGAUCCCCGACACGCGUUUCAAGGGGGAGGCCUUCAAGCAUCCCAACCGUGACCGGCCUGGAAGUCUGGUUACCGAAGGUGGUUACUUUUUGAAACGCGACAUCACGAAGUGGGAUGCGCCCUUCUUCGCCACGUCGGCCACCGAGGCGACAGCCAUCGACCCACAGCAGCGAAUCCUCCUCGAGCUCGCCUACGAGGCUCUUGAGAGUGCCGGUAUUCCGAUCGAAGACAUCUCGGACACCGAAGCUGCUUGUUUCGUCGGCGGCUUCACCCACGACUACAAGAACAUUGUCAGUCGUGACAUUGCUGCCACGCCCCAGUACGGCAUUACUGGUUGCGCGCAGUCUCUCUUGUCCAACCGCCUCAGUUGGUUCUUCAACCUGAGAGGAGCGUCUGUCUCUGUUGACACUGCGUGUUCGAGCUCGCUGGCGGCCUUGCAUCUGGCAUGCGAGACCAUCCGGUCGAAGACGAACAAGACCCGUGUUGCCCUGGUUGGCGGCACCAACUUGAUUCUGGACCCUGAUGACCCGACCCAGCUCAACCAGAUGGGCUUCCUCAGCCCUGACGGACGCUGCUUUGCGUUCGAUUCGCGUGCCAAUGGCUACGCCCGUGGCGAGGGCAUCUGCAUGAUGGUUGUCAAGCACAUUGACGACGCCAUCCGCGACGGAGACCCGAUCCGCGCCGUCAUCCGUGCCACGGGUCUGAACCAGGACGGCAAGACGGCUGGCAUCGUCUUGCCUCACCAGGACGCACAGAUGGAGUUGAUCAAGAACACGUAUGAGCUCGCCGGCCUUGAUCCUGCAGAUACCCAGUACGUCGAGUUCCACGGCACUGGCACCAAGGCUGGUGACCCGACAGAGAUGGGUGCCAUCGCCCGUACAAUCUGCAAGGCCCGCACCAGCAAGGUUCCGCUGUACUGUGGUUCGGUCAAGACCCAGAUCGGCCACACGGAGGGCACCGCCGGCAUCGCCGGUGUGCUCAAGUGCACUCUGGCCCUCGAGCGAGGUUUCAUCCCUCCUCAUCUCAACUUGAUCAAGCCCAACCCCAGACUCCAGCUCGAUACGUGGAACAUUGUCCUGCCCAACAAGGCGGUACCAUGGCCCGAGUCGGAGAAAAACCUCCAUCGUGCCUCGGUCAACAACUUUGGUUUCGGCGGCACCAAUGCCCACUGCAUUCUCGACGAUGCCCCGAGCUAUCUUCGCUCGAGAGGCGCUCAGGUCGAGAAACAUGUGCGCCUGACCGAUGGCGCCUGGUCGAGUGCCAGGCACCCCCGGGUCUUUGCGCUCUCUGCGCCCGAGCAGGACGCCACCGCCCGCCAGCGCAAGGGGCUGGCCGAAUACCUCAAGAUGUCUCCCGAGAACAUUGAUGACCUUGCAUACACCCUGUCGAGCCGUCGUUCCAAGUUUCAGUGGCGCCACACAGUUGUUGCCAGGGAUCUGGACGAGCUCACUAGCACGCUUCAGGACGAUGCCAUCAAGCCCGCCAAGGCGCUCACCCAAAACAAUAUUGCCUACGUGUUCACCGGCCAGGGCGCGCAGUGGUUCGCCAUGGGCCGCGAGCUCCUCGCUUACGAGGUUUUCGCCGCCUCCGUCAAGCAGUCUGCUGCUUUGUUGACGCAGAUGGGUGCCAGCUGGAAUGCCCUUGACGAGCUUCUUGCCUCUGAGACGUCGUCCAGGAUUAACCAGGCUGAGUUUUCGCAGCCGCUGUGUGCUGUCUUGCAGAUCGCCUUGACUGACCUGCUUAAGCACUGGGGGGUCACGCCCCAGGCUGUGCUUGGUCACUCGUCUGGCGAGAUUGCUGCGGCCUACGCCUCCGGUGGUCUUUCGAAGGAGGACUGUCUCAAGCUCGGCUACCACCGUGGCAUUGUGUCCAAGCACGCCAAGGAGAUCCACCCAGAUGGCGGCAUGAUGGCCGUUGGUCUCAGCCCGACGGACGUACACCCUUACUUGGACCAGGUCGAAGGCAUUGUGGUUGUCGCCUGCGUCAACAGUCCCGCCAGUGUCACUCUUUCGGGUGACAAGACUGCUCUCGUGCAGCUUCAACAGAUCUUCAAGGACAAGAACGUCUUCAACAGACUACUUCAAGUCGAGACUGCGUACCACAGUCCUCACAUGCGCAGGGUCGCUGACGAGUACCGCAAUGCCAUCUCUGACAUCAAGCCGAGGAACGAUGCCACAACGCCUUUCUUCUCGUCCGUGUACAGCCGUCUCAUCACUCCUGCCGAGCUCGGCCCGGACUACUGGGUUGCCAACCUGUGCUCGCCUGUCGAGUUUGUCGGUGCCCUUGAUGCUGCUCUCUACAAGGAUGCUGCCAAGCGUGUCGUCAAGCCUAAGAGCAAGGCCAUCAACACUCUUCUCGAGCUUGGUCCUCACUCUGCCCUUGCAGGCCCCAUCAAGCAGUACAAGAACAUGCGCAAGGACUUUGAUGCUGUCGUCUACGAGGCGGCUCUGUCUCGUGGCAAGGAUGCCGCGGUUACGGCAAUAACUCUUGCUGGUAAUCUCUGGGCCCGUGGUGCUCCUGUCACGCUGAACGCGGCGAACGACCCCAGCGGAAAGCCGGCAUCUGCGAAUGUCCUGCACACCUUGCCUUCUUAUCCCUGGAACUUGACCACGUCCUACUGGCACGAGUCUCGCCGGUCCAAGAACCACCGCGCCCCCCCUGCACCACGCCACGACCUCAUCGGGUCCCGCAUCGAUGACAGCAACCCUCUCGAGCCUAUCUGGCGCAACUACCUGCGCGUCAACGAGCUCCCCUGGCUGCGUGACCACAAGAUCAACGGCGACAUCAUCAUGCCUGCCGCUGGAAUGAUCUGCAUGGCCAUUGAGGCUGCUCGCCAGCUUGCCGAGACGGAUGGUACGGCUGACACCAUCAAGGGCUUCGCUCUGCGUGAUGUGUGCAUCAACAAGCCCCUUGUUAUCCCUGAGCCUGCUGAUGCCGGCGUGACUGGCGGUGUCGAGGUUCUCCUGCACCUCAAGCGCAGAAAGCUGGGCAUGGGCACCGGCGCCGGCAUAUGGCACGAGUUCGCCCUGUACUCGGCUGGCAGCGGCGAUGCCUCGUUUGUUGAGCACUCGUGCGGUCUCAUUGAGCUCCAGCACGCCCGCAACUCGACCGAGGUCGACGCUGGUCGGGAGCAGCUGCUCGAGAUCCAGGCCCGCCGCUCCAAAUACAAGGACUUUGGCCUCGUCUGCAACGACCCCGUUGCCACUGCGAGCCACUACGCCUUCUGUGACUCGCAGGGCCUGCAGUUUGGCCCUCUGUUCAGGGGUCUGACCAGCCUGGCGAAGCGCGACAACAAUGUAAUCUUCCAGGCCACCAUCCAAGACUCCAAGGCGACCAUGCCUGCCUCCACGGAGAGCAAUAUGCUAGUCCACCCGGCCACGCUCGAUGCUCUGCUGCAGGUCAUGCUCGUCGCUAUCCCCCGACAGGAGGACGUGCCCAAGCAGGUCUGGAUCCCCUCCAAGAUCCGCGAGAUCCAGAUCUCCAACGACGUCCUCCACAACAAGGGCGACGUGCUCCACGGCACCUGCGAGUCUUCGCGCAGUGGUUUCCGCGAGAUGGUCGGCACCAUCAUGACGGGCGAUGCCAACUUCGACUCUACGUCGGGCAUCAACAUGGAGGGCGUCACCUUCACUGGGCUGGGCUCGUCCCAGAGCAUGCCCCAGGGUGUCGAAUCUGGCGAGCAGGCCCGCCUCAAGCUGUGCUCCGAGCUUAAGUGGAAGGCCGACCUCGACCUCCUCACUCCCGAGAACAUGUACUCUGUACUGUCCCAGGGCGUCGAAGCCCCUGAGGAUCUUGCCCGGUUCUGCAGGCUGCAGCAUCAAGUCAUCCAGAUCCUCUGCCGUCGUUCUCUCCAGAAGUUGGCUACCAUCGACCGUAGUGGGCUUCCCGACUACCUGAUCCAAUUUUCAGACUGGAUGAAGACUCGCAGCGAGAUUGGCGACGCCCCUGUGUCCCCUAGUGAGGAGGACGCUCUGCUGGCUGAAUUUGCCGCCAAUUACCCCUUUGACGGCAAGUUCUGCAUGCACGUAUUCGACAGCCUCGACGCCAUCUUCAAGCAGGAGACCACCGGUAUUGCGACGCUCAUGCAGGACGACAUGCUGAAUCGCUUCUACCGCGAGACCUACGGCUGCGACCUGUCUAUCAAGAUCUUCCAGAACUGGUUCGACCUCAAGGGCCACAAGCAGCCCGGCAUGAAGGUCAUCGAGAUUGGUGCCGGUACUGCCUCCAUGACCAUCCCGGUGCUCAAGCAGCUCGGUGGCCAGGACGGCGAGACUCCGCGCUUCGCCAGCUGGACUUUUACCGAUAUCUCUGCGGGUUGGUUCGACAACGCGCAGAAGGUGCUUGAGGACUGGGCUCCACGUGUCGAGUACAAGCGGCUCGAUAUUGAGAACGACCCUGCCGAGCAGGGUUUCGAGCUUGGCCAGUACGAUGUCGUCCUUGCCGUCAAUGUUCUUCAUGCGACCAAGGAUCUCACCACCACCCUGCAGCACUGCCGCAGCCUCCUCAAGCCUGGCGGUAAGAUCCUGCUCGGUGAGAACACCAACGUCAUGGAUCUCAGCUCCUUCAUCUUCGGCACCGUGCCGGGCUGGUGGGUUGCCGAGGACGGCCGCAAGGACGGCCCUCUGAUCACCGAGGCCGAGUGGGACGUCGAGCUCAAGAAGGCCGGCUUCACGGGCACCGACAUUGCCGCGCAGGACAACAACGACGCCGUGGCCCACCGCAUGUCCAUGCUCGUCAGCACGCGCCUCGACAAGGACACCAAGACGACCAGUAAGGAACUCGUCAUCCUCGAGUCCAACACGGCCUCGAGCCACGUCAAGCGCCUCGCCCAGCUCGUCAGCAAGAAGCUGCAGGCUGCCGGCCAUAAGACUCAGGUGCAGACCCUCGCGGAGGCGUCGCGCACUGUGGAGGGCAAGUCGUUCAUCUCGCUGCUCGAGUACGAUGAGUGCUUCUUCGAGGAGCUCCAGGAGGAGCAGUUCAACCAGAUCAAGGAGGUCCUGCUCCACGGCUCCGAGCUGCUGUGGGUGACCCGCUCCGACAUCAAGGACGGCCUUGCCCACCCCUCGAAGCGCAUCGUGAGCGGUCUUCUGCGUUGCAUCAAGACUGAGGACGCCACCCGCCACGUCUACGAGCUGCACCUGACGCGUGACCUGCUCGGCGAGGCCGGGCUCGAGUCCGCAGCCGAGGCCGUCAACACGAGGCUCAACACCAUCUGGACGUCCAACGACAAGACCCGUGACGAGUCCGAGACGGUUGAGCGUGACGGAGUCUUCUGCAUCCCCCGGUACUUCCCCCAGAAGACACUGAACCGCUCGCUGCUGCUCAAGGAGACGGGCGCCUCGCCCGAGGUGGACCGCCUCGUCCAGCCAAACCGCGACCUCAAGCUGACCAUUGGCACUCCGGGCAUGCUCGACACGCUGCACUUUGUCGACGAUGAUGCGCCGACCAAGGCUCUCGGCGAGGAGGAGGUCGAGAUCAAGACUCAGGCCUGUGCUAUGAACUUCUUGGACCUAAUGAUUGCCAUGGGCCAGGUCCAACAUCCCAUUCUCGGUUACGAGGCUGGCGGUAUCGUCUCGCGCGUCGGCCCCAAGGUCAAGCGCUUCAAGAAGGGCGAUCGUGUUCUGUACAUGGGUCUCGGUGCCAUGCGGACCACCAUCCGUGCUCACCACCUGUCUGUCCACGCGAUCCCCUCGAAGCUGUCGGUCGAGGAAGCUGUCACGAUCCCUAUUGCCUACGCCACUGCCUACCAGUCCCUCAUCGAGGUCGCCCACGUCCGCAAGGGCGAGACCGUCUUGGUCCACGCCGCAGCCGGCGGUCUCGGCCAGGCCCUCGUGCAGAUCUGCAAGCUGCUGGGUGCCACCGUGAUCGCCACGGUGGGCAAUAACGACAAGAAGCAGGCCGUCAUCGACCUGGGUGUCAAGCCGGAGCACAUCUUCAGCUCGCGUGACAUGACCUUUGCCCAGGGUGUCAAGCGUGUCACUGCCGGCAAAGGCGUCGACGUUGUCGUCAACUCGCUCGCUGGCGAGGGUCUGCGCAAGAGCUGGGAGUGCCUGGCCCCCUACGGCCGCUUCAUCGAGGUCGGCAAGAAGGACAUCCUCGGCAAUUCUGGUCUCGACAUGCGGCCAUUCCUGAUGAACACGCUCUUUGCCGGUGUCAACCUGGAGCAGAUGAUGAGCAACGACCCGCAGCGCGGCGCCGACCUCGUGGCCAAGGUCCUCCGCCUCUUCCAGCACGGCGACAUCGACCUCAUCAAGCCCAUCUCGGUCUACGACUUCUCCGACAUGGAGACCGUCUUCCGCCAGAUGCAGCGCGGCACACACAUUGGCAAGCUCGUGCUCAAGGUCACUCCCGAGUCUCGCGGGCCCGUCAUGCCGCAGCUCAACAUCCCCGUGAACCUCAACCCCAACGCCACCUAUCUGCUCGUUGGUGGCCUGGGUGGAUUGGGCCGUGCCCAGGCGAUGCUCCUCGCCGAGCACGGCGCCAAGCAUAUUGCCUUCAUCUCGCGGUCCGGCGACGCCAAGCCCGAGGCCCGCGAGCUCAUCGCCCGCCUGCGAGAGAUGGGCAUCAACGCGCACUCGUACGCUGCCGACGUGGCCAACAAGAGCCAGCUCAAGUCGGUGGUUGACAGCAUGGCCGCGACGAUGCCCCCGGUCCGCGGUGUCAUGCAGGGUGCCAUGGUGUUGAAGGACAGCUUGUUCCACCGCAUGACCUACGAGCAGUGGGUCGGUGCUACUCGUCCCAAGAUCCAGGGCACAUGGAAUCUUCACGAGCUCCUGCCCAAGGACCUCGACUUCUUCAUCUCGCUCUCCUCCUUGGCGGGCAUCAUCGGAUCCAUCUCGCAGUCCAACUAUGCUGCGGGCAACGCCUACCAGGACGCGCUCAUGCAUUACCGCAAGUCGCAGGGUCUCAAGGCGACCAGUUUGGAUCUCGGCCUGAUGCGUGGCAUCGGCUAUGUCGAGGAGAACGAGGAUGCUGCUGCCCACACCAGCUCUCUGAAAUUCACGGCUGUCCAAGCCGACCAGUUCUUCCACAUUGUCCGAGCCGCCAUGACGGGCUCGACCGAUGGCAGCAGCGCCGAGCCAAUGCCCAGCCAGCUGCUCCUCGGCGGCGGCAGCGGUGGUUCCCAGGAGGCCUCGCACGCCGCGGGCAUCGAGGGCGACUACUACUGGCUCCGCACGCUCGCCCAUUUUGCCUACAUGCAGCUCAUGGACGUGCGGGCCGACUCGGGCGCGGGCGGCGCGGGAGGCAGCGGCAAGGGCGCGGGCAACGCGCUGAUCGCGCAGCUGCGCAAGUCGGCCAGCAUCGACCAGGCCACCGAGACGGUGACGCAGAUCCUGCUCGAGAAGAUUGCCAAGAGCAUCAUGACGUCGGCGUCCGACAUUGACACGAGCAAGCCCGUCUACUCGUACGGCGUGGACAGCCUCGUCGCCGUCGAGCUGCGCAACUGGAUCGGCAUGGAGCUCCAGAGCGAGAUCAACAUCUUUGACCUCACCAGCAGCGCGCCCAUCACCGACGUCUGCCGCAAGAUUGCGAACCGCUCGCUGAUCGUGGCCGAUGCGCUCAAGCACCAGCAGGAGGCGCAUUAA